AUGAUUCUUCUCCUUCUCACCAUUCUUGGGGUCGCUGCUGCCGUCCCCAUCAGUGAUGAUGAUAAGAUUGUAGGUGGUUACACCUGCCAGGAAAACUCUGUUCGUUAUCAAGUGUCUUUGAACGUUGGAUACCAUUUUUGCGGAGGGUCCCUAAUUAACACAUUAUGGGUGGUUUCUGCUGCACACUGCUAUCAGAAGCAGAUGGAGAUCCGGCUUGGAGAACACAACAUCGAUGUCUUAGAAGGUCCAGAACAAUUUAUUAAGGUCUCUAAAGCGAUCCCGCACCCACAAUAUGACCAUUACUUCCUCGAUAAUGACAUCAUGUUAAUCCGGCUCCGUAAACCAGCCAAGAUAAACACCCGAGUCCAAGCGAUCAGCCUGCCCAGUCAAUGUGCAGUGGACGGCACUCAAUGUCUGAUAUCUGGAUGGGGGAAUACACUGAGUAGUGGAGCUAAUUACCCUGUUCUCCUGCAAUGCCUUCAGGCUCCAAUUCUUGAUGACCAAGUGUGCCAUGAUGCCUAUCCUGGGCAGAUUACAGGGAACAUGAUCUGUGUGGGUUAUAUGGAAGGUGGAAAGGACUCUUGUCAGGGUGACUCUGGCGGUCCCGUGGUUUGCAAUGGAGAGCUGCAGGGAGUUGUAUCUUGGGGUUACGGCUGUGCCUUGCCCGGAUACCCAGGUGUAUACACCAAGGUGUGCAACUAUCUGUCCUGGAUUGAGGCGACUGUUUCCAGCUACUAA